AUGCUGCCCCCGCCCACCGCAAAGCCCGGCCCGUCGACCGUGCUCUCACCGGCACAGACCCUCGUCGACGGUCGCAUCCCGCAGAGGUACUCCGUCGCGCGUCGGUACCUCCUACUCAUCAUAUUCUGCCUUGCGCAAUUUCUCGAUGCGUUCAAUAACUCGGCGCUCUUUUCGGCCAUCCCUUCGCUUGUCAUAUCGCUGGACAUGAACGAGUCCGAGUCAACGUGGAUUAUCAGCGCGUUCCAGCUGACUUUCGCAUCAUUUCUUCUCAUUAGCGGACGAAUCAGUGAUAUUUACAAUCCGAAAUUCGCUUUCAUCGGCGGCGUCUCUGGCCUCGGCAUCAUAUCCAUCGGCGCCGGCUUCGUCUCAAGCAAAAUUCCACUGAUUGUCCUCCGGGCGCUGAGCGGUAUCGCGGCGUCCAUGACCAUCCCCUCUGCCCUGACGCUACUCGUCAACGUUUUCACGGAACCUGCUGAGCAGGCGCGCGCCAUCGGGGUCUUUGGGGGGUGCGGCGCUGUCGGUAACGUCCUUGGUCUGAUCAUCGGGGCAAUAUUUGUGCAGUUUGCAUCAUGGUCCUGGGUCUUCUGGUUCGUCGCGCUCGUGUGCAUGCCCAUCGCCACGCUCUGCAUAUUCCUCAUACCGAAGCAAGAGCCGCGCCUGGACGACGCUGCGAUUCAGAAUUGCGCCCGAUGGAAGAGCCUCGACAUCGCUGGUGUUUCUAUCCUCACCAUUGCGCUGAUCCUCUUCAUUUUCGGGGUCACUUCCGGGACGACCUCUGGCUGGGGUUCCCCUGCCGUCCUCGUCCCAUUGAUCAUCUCUGUCUUUCUCGUCGGGGGAUUCUUCUACUUCGAGACGACCAUUCCCGCGGGCCGUGCGGCGAUACCGCCCCGGACAUGGUUCCUACCAAACUUCCUGGUUUUGUUUUUCACGGCACUCCUCCCAUUCUUCUGGUGGACCACGAUUUUCACAAUUUACACGACAGUAUGGCAGGAUGUGUGGAAGUGGAGCGCCAUUUCUACCGCCAUUCAUAUGAUUCCUAUUGGGGUGCUCUCGUUUACUAUGAGCUUCACGGGCCCGCUCUCGCGCAUGAUCGACUCAAAAUGGAUCAUUCUCUUCGGAGAAGGCCUCUGUAUCGUCGCCACCAUUCUCUUCGCGUUCGCCGACGGUCCGGAGCGCUACUGGCCGUACAUCUUCCCCGCAUUUGUGCUUGGCUCUGCCGGUGCGAUGCUUGCCUACACCCACACGAACAUCGCUAUCUUCCGCACGAGCCCGUCCUCGAUGGCAGGUACGGUGGGCGCGAUCUUCAAUGGGGCGCUCCAGCUUGGUUCUGCGGUCGGCAUCUCUGCGGUCGGGUCUAUCAAGUCGAGCGUGGAGGACACGCACGGGGGGCCGAGUUCGUACGCUGGCUGCGCCGCGGCAUACUGGUUCCUCCUGGGCGUCGUUGGAGUCGAGUUUGUCGGGCUGCUUGUGUUUUACAAGCCCGACAUCGAGGGCACGACGGAGGACGAGGUGCUGCAGAAAUCAAAGACGCUCGAGGACGUCGAGGACGUCGUGAUACAGGAGAAGGUGGCGGAUGAAGGAGGAGACGAGGGUGAGAGGAAGGACAAGGUGCAGGAACAAGAGAUGGAUGUUAGCGACAUGUCAGCGCGGCCGACUCAAGGUGACGAUAACGUCUAGGCUGCCUACAGUCACCUCGAGAUCUGCUGGCUAUACGCUCGCUGUUUGUUCUUUCUUCCGUCUUGAUUUGGGCUUAUGAUAAGGCAAUCUUGUUCUGUUCCGGCUAGUCUCACGUCGACAUCAUUAGACAUCAUCCUAGACGCAUAUAGAUAGACACGACACGGUUGUUACACCGCCGAUUAUGUCUAGUACGCAUGUAUCGCUACAUUUCUGACCCUUCGGUCAACGCCAUGUGACGAUUUUGAC